GAGAGGUGUAAGACAGGGUGACGUCAUAUCCCCGAAACUCUUCACCGCUGCAUUGGAAGACGUUUUCAAGCUUCUGGACUGGAAAGGAUACGGUAUCAACAUCAAUGGCGAGUACAUCACUCACCUUCGAUUUGCCGACGGUAUAGUCCUUAUGGCAGAAUCGCUGGAGUACCAAGCACUAUGCUCAAUGACCUCAAUAGUGUUUCCCAACGGAUAGGUCUUAAGAUGAACAUGGACAAAACUAAGAUCAUGUUUAAUGUCCAUGUCACACCAAUGCCGGUAGUUGUUGGGAACACUAAGCUCGAAGUUGUUGACGAGUAUGUUUACCUGGGACAAAUAGUCCGACUAGGUAAGUCCAACUUCGACCGUGAGGUCAAUCGACGGAUUCAACUCGGUUGGGCAGCGUUCGGGAAAUUACGGCACAUCUUCUCGUCAGGUAUACCUCAAACCUUGAAAACGAGACUGUACACCCAGUGCGUGUUGCCAGUGAUGACAUACGGAACUGAGACGUGGUCCUUCACUGCUGGCCGGAUGAGGAAGCUCAAGGUCGCUCAGCGAGCUAUGGAGAGGGCUAUGCUCGGAGUUUCUCUGCGUGAUAAACUUAGAAAUGAGGAUAUCCGCAGUAGAACCAGAGUAACCGACAUAGCCCAACGGAUUAGUAAGCUGAAGUGGCAAUAGGCCGGCCGUAUAGCUCGAAGAACCGACAACCGAUGAGGAAGAAAGGUUCUUGAGUGGCAGCCUCGUACCGGUAGGCGAAGUGUAGGGCGUCCCCCCACGAGAUGGAGUGACGACCUGGUAAGACAUGCAGGAAGUCGAUGGAUGCAGGUGGCUCAGGACCGUGCUUUGUGGCAUUCUUUGGGGGAGGCCUAUGUUCAGCAGUGGACUUGUGAAGGGCUGUAAUGAUGAUGAUGAUGAUGACUAGCGAUCCGUCCCGGCUUUGCACGCGUGAUUUCUGGAUCUCGACAACAGCGCCACCUGCCGAGUUCAAUUGUGAAUUUAGACUGUCCAGAGACUCACUCAAACGCAAAAAAUUUCUACGAAAUCGGCCCCCCGGCCAUUUUCAAGUAUUGUCGAGACUACGGAAUGCAAUUCAUUGAUUGUUAUAUUUAAAUAGGUACUAGCUGUUCUCCGCGACUUGGCCCGCUUGCAAUUUAGGGUUUUAAUUUUAUUUGCAAGGAACCCUAAUUGUUUUUCUAUAAUAAAAGUAGCCUCGGUUACUCCUUAUGACAUCAGCUAUAUGCCAGUGAAAGUCCCAUCGAAAUCGGUCCAGCCGUUUCGGAGAUUAGCCAGAAAAAAGACGACAGACAAAAAUUUAAAAAAAUGUGUUUUUGUUAUAAGUUCCCUAUAAACUUUCAUAAUAUGCAUUUAGUAAAAAGCUGUUAUUUUGACUUUACAAACAGACACUUCAAUUUUAUUUAUUUGUAUAGAUAAGUAGGUUAAAUAAUAGUGUACUCAUGUAGCCCUGGCGGAUUUUUAAUACUAUACUAAAUUUCUUCACUACGUCGAUAAAGAAGUUUCACUUAAAAAAAUACUAACCUACCUUAGUCGCAGUGAUACUGGUCUCUCUAGACCAGCAUAGCUGCUCGUAUAAAAAAAUAACUUACCCUAACCCAUUGAGUUAUAUGUAUUACGUACUAGAGAAGCUAUUCCAAACAAAAAUUGUGCGCUACUCUAUGUGUUCGCGCAUGCGCGGGAGGUAGUAGAGUCGCGUAUGCGCGAAGACUGGUUUAAUAUAAAAUAAAUGUAAGAAUUUAAUAUAAAAUACUCUUAUUUUAAUCUAAACAAACUGUAAUAAUAAUUAUGUUAUGGAAUUCACAAAUCUUUAAUUUACGCAAUAUUUAGUGUUAGUGUACGGAUUGCAGUACAGUUCAGUUGAACAUAGUCAAUGUUCGGAAUGCGAAAUCUAGUGCGUAGUACAUAUAUAUCGAUGCCCUGACCUAAUCCCUCGUCGCGGCAGGUGGUACGAAGUGUGCCUGGUGGUAUUGUCGCAGCCGUCGCUGGGCAUCGAGCUGCACGCGCAGGCGCAGGGCACCGGCGUGCCGGCCGCCGCCGUGGCCGCGCUGGGCGCCGCCACCGCGCCCGACUACCCGCACCGCCAGACCGGCUUCGCACUUACCAUCGGAUCUGUCAUGGCCGCUAGCUUGCAGGUCCCUAUGUUUCCACCUGUGUUUCAUUGAAUUUAUGGUAUUUUUGACAAAGUUUCUAAUAUAAUAUUGGUUUUUUGAAGUCAAUUAAAAAUAAGAAGUUUUUGAGGUUUUUUUCUUCUUCUGUGAAAUUGAAGUGGCAAACGAACUAACAGCAUUUGAUGGCAAGUUGUUACUGCAGUCAAUGAACAUUUAUUUUAUAGAAUAGGGUAACAAACGAGCACACAUUCCACCUGAUAGUAAGUGGUUGCUGUGGCCCAUAGACAUCUACAUCUAUCUUCGUUUACGAUUUAAAAUGCAGAUGCGUUGUCAGCCGUGAGGACUAAGAUAGGAUGCCUCUUUUCCAGUAAAAAGGAUCUCCGGUUCUCUAAACUAUUUUACACUGGUAUUUUAAGAGAGCGUGGUCCUUCCCCAGUCAAAUCGAUCCAUUCGUGCUACAACUAUACUAUUAAUAUAGCUGCAGCUUGGCUCGACUACGUACGAAAACAAGCAAGAGUGCCGCCACCUUGCGUUGGAGACCGCCACUUGCGCGUCCAUAGACUACAGUAAACGACCAAUAAGGGCAACCAUCCCUAGGAGCGCGAACUUACGUUUUGCAAUCGUAAUUCUUUCACCUUAAACGUAUCGCAAAACGAAUAUUUAUUAUUAUUAAAUAUUAUGUAUUAUAGCAGUCAGAAAUUUACGUCUAAAACGUCAAAGCAUUAAAUAUAUGUUAAUGAAUCCAGGUACCACAUACGCAGUGGCAAGAAGCAUCAACGGGUGUGAGUAGAAGAGAAAUUCUAUCACUAGCAGCGCGCUCGUUGGCCGGCUCAUACAAAAACUUACUUGCCGUAUCCGCUGCAGAAACUUAAAGACUGAUGGAAUUAUGGAUCUAAUCUAUUACGCAACAAUACUUACUGCUACUUCUGAAAUAAGUUUAUUGUAAUAUAUUAAUAUUAUAUAGUUUUAAUUAAGAGCCGAAAUAAGAGACGAUUAUAAUAUUAUAUAGUUUUAAAGAGAUGAAAUAAGAUGUUAAUUAAAAUUUGUAUUUCGGGGCC